AUGGUACGAUUAUCCAGAUGUUCACGAAUGUUGAUUUCAAAUUGUUUGAAUAUUGCUCGACGAUAUUACAGCACAUGGCGUGAAAAUGGAUUGAUCGAACCAGUAUUACUUACAAAGGGGGUUAGAGGUUUAUGUCUAGCAAAAGAACGAUAUGCAGCACAUAUUGGUGUACCAACAUCACAGAUAUUUCAUAAUGUGUUUCAAUUAAGAUCAUUUAAAUUUGGAGAUUUUAAGAAAACCCUCCAUUUUCCGGCUGAUCUCGAAGUCUACGAACAUCAUAAUCAAUGUGUUGUACUGUUGUCUACCGCGUAUGUACAUCAAAAAACUAAACAAGUGAAAUUCAUUCAUACAACCGGUACAACAAUUGGGCAGAAUACAAUUUUAAGUUGCGCCCACGGUGUAGCCCAAUAUUUAUCCGAAGAUCUAACGCCUUUAAAUAAUCAAGAAUUGGACUUCAUGUCAUACACAAAAAUGUAUGAUACAGAAUUACGUUUAAAUCUGUUCUCUGGUGUACUUGGUAAUUUAUCAGUAGAAAGUAUUGAUCAUGCCAACGAUAUUGCUAUCUUAAAAAGCAAAAUCAAGUUUAAGUCAUUUAUGAAUGUAAUGACAUCAUUUGAUGAUAAAUCAAUAAAUGAUAUAAAUUCAAUGCAUUAUAUUGGUUAUAUUCAUCGUAAUACACCAGUCGGUGUCCAAGAUUAUUUAGGUAAAUUUUUCUAUCCUAAAAAACGAGUUUUUUUAUUUUCUCGUUUUGGUGAGACAAGUCACCUAGAAAAUUUGGCAGUGGGUGAGUUAGCAUAA